AUGGCAUCUCAUCUCGCGCGCGCGCUCCGCCCCUCCACGCCGUCCUCCACCACCUCCGCCGCCGCCGCGCUGCUAUCCUCCACCUCGCCCCUCCCGGCGGCGCGCUUCCUCCAGCUCCACGCGCACGUCCUCCGCACGGGGGGCCUCCUCCUCCUCCGCGCCCCUCCCGCCUCCGCCUCCGCAUUCCUCUCCCUCGCCGCCGCCUCCCUCCCUUCGCCACGGGCGCUGUCCGUCCUCCUCCACCACAUCACCCAGGAGUCCCUCCCCUCCACGUUCUGCUGCAACACCAUCCUCGGCUCGCUCCGCGAGCCCGACGCGGUCCGCUUCCUCCGCCGCGUGCGCGCGCUCGGCCGUCGCGGGAACGCCUUCUCCCUGUCCAUCGUCCUCAAGCACUGCCGCACCAUUGGCCACGCGAGCCAGCUGCACGCCAAUGUCGUGGUUGAGGGCCACGUCCGAGACGCCCUCCUGGCCACCUCGCUGAUGAGGGCGUAUGCGGCCUGCGGCGAUGGGGAUGCCGCGCGCAAGAUGUUUGAUGAAAUGCCGGUUAAGGAUACUGUUGCGUGGAACGUUCUCAUCACUUGUUAUACGAAGAACCGGCGGACGAAGGAUGCUCUGAAGAUCUUCGAUGAGAUGCGGAGUGGAGAGAAUGGGACAGAACCAGACGAUGUCACCUGUAUUCUGCUCCUCCAAGCGUGCACAAGCCUGGGUGCGCUUGAUUUCGGGGAGCAAGUGUGGGAUUAUGCUCAGGAUCAUGGCUAUGGGGGUGAGUUGAAGGUACGUAACUCGUUGAUCACGAUGUACACAAAGUGCGGGUGUAUGGAGAAGGCAUACCAGGUGUUUUCUGGGACUCCUAAUAAGAGUGUGGUCACAUGGAGUGCGAUGAUCUCGGGUUUGGCAGCAAAUGGUUUUGGGAAGGAUGCUAUAUCUGCAUUUGAGGAGAUGGGUAGAUCAGGCAUUGCUCCUGAUGAACAGACAUUUACUGGUGUGCUCUCGGCGUGUAGUCAUAGUGGGCUGGUGGAUGAAGGAUUCAAGUUUUUUGAUAUUAUGUGUCACGAAUAUCAGUUAAUGCCGAAUGUUCAUCACUAUGGAUGCAUGGUAGACCUCAUGGGCCGUGCUGGCUUGCUUAAUCAGGCAUAUGAGCUUGUGGUAAGAGAGAUGAGGGUUGCACCAGAUGCAACAAUUUGGCGAACCCUUCUCGGUGCAUGCAGAGUUCAUGGUCAUGUUGAUCUUGGAGAGCGUGUGAUCAACCAUCUAAUUGAACUGAAAGCACAACAAGCCGGGGAUUAUGUUCUAUUGCUUAAUACUUAUGCAGCAGCUGAGGAUUGGAAAAAUGUAGCAGUGGUUAGGAAGUUGAUGAAAGAGAAAGGGAUCCAAACUACUCCUGGCUGCACAACAGUAGAGAUGAACGGCGAAAUCCAUGAAUUUAUUGCAGAUGAUGAUUCACAUCCGAGAAAGGCAGAGAUUUAUGAAAAGCUCAAUGAGAUAAAUAAACAUCUCAGAAUAGCUGGCUAUGUUCCAAACAUGUUGUCAGAGCUGCAUGAUUUGGAUUCUGAAGGGAAAGAAUGUGCCCUCGCAUAUCACAGUGAAAAGCUAGCAAUUGCUUUUGCUCUUCUUGUCACACCACAGCAUAGACCAAUAAGGCUUGCUAAGAAUCUUCGUGUUUGUGUAGACUGCCACAAUUUCACAAAAGUAUUUUCUGGUGUAUAUAAUCGCUUAGUUAUUGUCAGAGACAGAACCCGAUUCCAUCAUUUCAAGGGAUUCCAGUGUUCGUGCAAUGAUUAUUGGUAGUCCACCCUUUCUUAUCUGUUGCAUUUAUGAUAAUUACAAAGGAUAUGAAGCGUUCACACACAGAGGUUGUCAGAGCUUAAUUGAGUGCCGCAAUUGAUGAUAUUGGCAUGAGAUGCAAGAGUAUAUCAGUUGUGUGUGCAGUCAGACAUGUCACAUGAUCUAUCCCGGGCGCAAGGACCAGGUCUCAACAAAAAACUAUCUAAAACGCCAGGAACCUACGGAAAGCAUACAAUGCAGGUACACCAUAAAGAAUAUCCUUGGCCAGAAGUAGAUGUGAAACUAAUGUUGAAUCAUGGCAUUUCCUUGCACAUUGGGCUUCAAAGCUUGGAACGAAAGCUUUCCACCUCUUAUGAUACUGUGUUGAUCUCCAGCAGAUCAGUUCUUCUGUUCUUGUGCAAGUUGAGAAAUUUGAUGGAGUACCACUGCAUCAAUUUUCAUGAUGAUGAUUCUAGUUUAAAUACAAGACAGUCAACCUUAAUGUCCACGACUUAAUUGUUCAAGGAUUAUUAACAGUCUAAAUUCAAGGGGGCAAUGGUGUACAGGUGCAGAACUGCAUGGUUAUCGCAAUAAGUUGAAAGCACUGCUCUCUUCAAUGACUUGUUUGAUGAAUUCAUCAAUCGAGAGCUCUCUGAUAAAAUUGCAGGAGAGGCAUUAAUUUCACAUUCGAUCGAACAAAAGAGUAUAUCUUAUUAGUUCAUAAUAGGAAUUAUGGGACCAUGCGACUCUGCAAAACUUAUGAUUGUUUAGUGCACCUUUCUUUUGAUGUUGGAACCAACUGAUGGCAUCAAAGUCUGAACAGGUAUAAACAGCUAUUUUGGGCAUCUAGGAUUUCUAGUGGAAUAUCCCCCAUGGAACUUCCUUUUGGCAUGUUAUGAUUGGCACUUCGUCAACCCUCGAUGCAAACAUGUAUCGUCUGUUUGCUAAUCAGAAGACUUGGGGUGUGAUAUCGUAUUUUUGCAAAUGAAAAAUAAUAUGUGAAUAAAACUUUUAUAUAUAUAUAUGAUCUUAG